AUGAAUGCGAGAUGUACACUUAUAUUCACUUUGGCCACGCUUUUGGCCAUUGGGAAAACCGCACAUGCCCGCACUUAUUAUUUAAUGGGCGAAGAAGACAAGAUCCAUUUGGAAAAAAUUUUUAGGGAAAUUAAUAAAUUAAAUGAGCUGACAAGAUACACAUAUGCUGCUGCUUAUUCCAUUGCAUCGAACAACUAUGUAAACGAAAGUGCCGCCAGUGUUUCUGAUAUAUUAGAAAUGUUUAAUACAUUUAGGUGGAUUUCGAAGCAUUACAAGAAAAUGAGAAAAUUCGAGUCAGCUGAGUGGGAGAAUUUUACACAACUGAACUUGGCUGAGGCGCAGGUAUUUACUGGAGACAAAGGGAACCUUCAGUCUAUGGAGCAAAUUUACUUGAACUUCUUUGGAAAGGAUGAUCUCAUCAGUCGGAUGGCCUUCUUAAAUCAGAAAUUGCCACUGAUGGACGCCCAGGUAUCCACUAAGUCCUCAGUGCUCUCGAUACCUUACCCAAGUGACAAUCAGUUCAUCGAGUUCACCAACACGGGCUUCAUCCAGGAUGCUGCCCAAAGAACGGUGCCCUUCCUCGAUAUUCAGGACGUUGUAUCGGAGCCGCCGGUUCCACUAACCGGAAUCGGCAUUUACUAUAAGGGUCAAAAUGGCUACGGUGGUUUCUUGGCGCCCCGACUCAUUACGUACGAUUUCACCUCAUAUGUUCAGAUGCCAACAUGGAAAUCAAUGCAUUUCAAGGAUACUGAAUGA